CAAAAUUGCACUGCCGGGACUUCUUCCUCUAUAUAAUUCCUCUUGUUUUCUCCUUAUCAUCAUCGACACCUUUAGUUUAGCUUCAGAAGGAAGCUCCUCCAACAAUGACGAAGUUUUUACUCCUACCCAUCAUUGCUUUUCUCACAGUAGCGCUGGAGGCUACACAUGAAGCCUUACUACCUCCUGAACUUUAUUGGAAGUCCAUGCUUCCCACUACUCCCAUGCCUAAAUCCAUCACUGAUCUCCUCCAUCCAACUGGUGGCACCACCAUUGUCCGAGGCGGGAUCAAUGUCACACUUGAAAGUGGAAGGCCCUUACGUAAUUACGUUAAAAAAUAUGGCUGUACUAAUUAUGAUACUACGCACGAGACCAUACAACAUGAUAUUCCCAAUGCAAUUGGAAAUUUCUUCUUUUUGGAAAAGGACUUGAAGCCUGGUCACAAAAUGAACAUGCCCUUCUUGUUCCAAACCUCCAACCAAAACUCCUCCUUCCUGCCUCGUGAAGUUGUGAAAUCCAUUCCCUUUUCUUCAAGCAAGAUAGCCGUCAUAUUGAACAAGUUUGCGGUGAAAGCUGGGUCACCAUAUGCUGAGGUUUUGAAGAAUACAAUUAAAGAGUGUGAGAGGUCAGAGAUGAAAGGAGAGGAGAAGUACUGUGCAACUUCAUUAGAAUCCAUGGUCGAUUUUAGUACUUUCAAGCUCGGGAAAAGCGUGAACGCUCUGUCUAUGGAGGUGAUGAAUGCUCCAACAAUGGAGGAGGAAGAAUACACAAUAACACAGGGAGUGAAGAAGGUGGGAGAGGACAAAGUGGUGGUCUGCCACAAGCUUGAUUAUGUGUAUGCUGUGUUUUACUGUCAUAAGAUAGAGAACACGGAUGCCUAUAUGGUGCCGCUGGAGGGAGCUUAUGGGAGCCGAAUGAAAGCUGCGGGUGUCUGUCACAGAGAUACGUCGCAAUGGAGCCCAAAACAUGUAGCUUUUCAAGUGUUAAAAGUGAAGCCAGGGAGUGUUCCUGUGUGUCACUUUCUUUUCCCAGAUGCUCUUGUGUGGGUACCCAGACAAAACUAGGAAAAAUUAACCACGAGGAUCAAAAGGUCCAAAUAUUUGGGCAUAAGUCUCAAGUGCAGAAAUAAAGUUUGCAGAGGACCAUGAUCCAUGAGCGACAAUAUGUUUUUAGAUAUAAUAACAAAAUAUCCUUCCUUUUCUGCACUGAUUGGUUGAGGUCAUUCAUGAAUCGUCAAUAAUCCAAACCAUGGACACAAGUGCAGAAAAAGGAAAGGUAUUCUGAUAUUUUUGCUGAAAAACAUAUUAUCUUUCAAGGAUCGUGAUUUCUUAAACACUUUAUUUCUAGAUUUGGGAUUUAUGCUCAAAUAUUUAAGCUUCUUGGUUCUUAUGGCCAAUUUUCCCCCGAAUUUUAGUACUGCUGUGCCUUGUUACAUACACAUAAAUAAAAGCAAGGUUAUUUCCCUCGUAUGGGAUACCAAACAA